GCUACACGAGGCCGUCCGUCUUCAAGCAGUCCUCCAGGACCUCACGCGAGAGCAGCGUGCUCCUGAGGAGCCGCCUCAGCGGCGGGCGCCUGAGGCCGCGGCAGAGCGCCUGGCCUUGCACGAAGCCUACCUCCUGCAGCUGCUCACGGAGAACAGCCGGCUCCGGCAGCGAAGCCAAAGCUGA